AUGGAGGACUCGAUGGAGCUCACUGUUCACCACCACGGCACCCCGCACACCUUCACCCUUCCACCUUCAGCAACACUACAAGACCUAUCCCACGAAAUAGAGAGCAUGCUCAACAUCCCAACAGACAACCAAAAGCUCCUAAUAGCCCCCAAGCCAGGCAUGCAGAAAGCGCCAUUCCCCACAACAAGAUUAGACACCAUCCUACAGACCACAUCCCCAAAAUUCAAAAUCACCCUGCUAGGCACCCCAGCUCAAGCAAUCGCCGAGCUACACGAACAAUCCGCCACAGAGCGCCGGCGCCAAGAAGCAAGAGCCAGCCAUCUAGCAGCAGCCCGACGCAACAAACCCGCCGCAUCAACACGCCCAGGCGGCGUGCACACGCUCUCCUCCUCAAGCGCCAACUACACCUUCCACCGACUCCUCCCACUCUCCUACCUCCCGAACCCAGACCGCUCGCUCGACUUUCUCAAACGGCUCCGCGACGACCCAGGCAUCCGCUCAGCAAUGGCGAAGCAUAAAUUCUCCGUGCCGCUCUUGACAGAGAUGAACCCGGCCGAGCACACAACGAGUGAAUCGAGAACGCUCGGUCUGAAUCGGAACAAGGGCGAGGUUAUUGAGUUGCGCUUGCGCACUGAUGCCUAUGAUGGGUAUCGCGAUUAUCGGACGAUCCGGAAGACGCUUUGUCAUGAGCUGGCGCAUUGUGUGUUUGGGCCGCAUGAUCGCGAUUUUUGGAAUCUUACUGGUCAAAUUGAGAAGGAGGUUGAGGCUGGGGAUUGGAAGUCUGGUGGUCAUAGUGUUUCUGGGCAGGAGUUCUAUAACCCUGGGGAUUGGGAGAGUAGGCAGGGUGGGGAGGAGUUCGUUGAUGAGUGUGGGUGGACUGGGGGUGAGUUUGUGCUUGGUGGGCUGAGGGAGGAUGAGGCUGGGAGGAGAGCUGGGGCGUCGGCUUCUGGUUCUGAGUCGCGACGGGAGAUUAUGGCUCGGGCUGCGGAGGAGAGGAUGAAGAAAGAGAAGGAGACUGGGAAGCAGGAUGAUGCUACGUGA